AUAAGAGUCGUUUAAAAGAAAUACGGUUGAUAUACGAUUUUAUUAUAAUGCUUAACGCUUGGACUCGUGCUAUCAUAAGUUUGAUAUAAUGGUGUUUUGUGCUACGCUAAAUUAAAACAUUCCAGUUUCUACCGCAUUUCAAUCAGGAGUGAAAAAUAAUUUCGGAACUAAUUUUAUACAUAAAAACUAUAUCCUACGUUAACUAGAUUAUCUUUGAGAUAAUUAUAAAACUUUUUAUACAGCGUGCUUUUGCCGGAUCUGUGAGAAAAUGUCCAACCAUGUGGAAAAUGGGAGCUCAAAAGACUCCGAUAGUUUUUUUAAUCUCAAGGAAUUGCCACAUAUUGUAAAACCACUUGAUCGCCGUCAGAAAAUUCAACCAGAUAUUCUUCAUGCUAUUGGAAAUACUCCACUUGUAAAACUGUCCACAAUUCCCAAAGAAGAGGGUAUCCAGUGUGAAAUGUAUGCAAAAUGUGAAUUUGUAAAUCCUGGUGGUUCCGUAAAAGAUCGCAUUGCUUACCGAAUGGUAUUAGAUGCUGAACAAAGGGGAAUUCUCAAACCUGGUAAAUCUGUUAUUAUUGAACCAACAUCUGGAAAUACUGGAAUUGGUUUGGCUUUAGCUUCAGCUGUUAAAGGGUAUAGAUGUAUAAUAGUUCUACCUGAGAAAAUGUCAGAUGAAAAAGUAAAUACACUAUUAGCAUUGGGAGCAGAGAUUGUGAGAACACCAACAGAAGCAGCGUCCAGUGACCCUGACAGCAACAUUAUGGUUGCACAACGACUUUCAAAAGAAAUACCAGACGCUGUUGUUUUGGAUCAGUACAACAACCCAUGCAAUCCCCUCGCGCACUACGACAGCACAGCUGAAGAAAUUCUGUGGUCUCUCGAUGACGAUGUGGACAUGGUGGUGAUGGGCGCCGGCACCAGCGGAACUGCCUCCGGUGUUGGACACAAGAUUAAGGAACGGUGCCCCAAUUGUGUCAUAGUUGGUGUUGAUCCAUACGGAUCCAUCCUUGCCCAACCAGAUGAAGUAAAUGUAACGGACGUACAGUACUAUGAGGUGGAAGGCAUUGGCUACGAUUUCUUACCGCGCUCUCUGGAUCGUGCUAUAAUCGAUCAGUGGGUGAAGUGCAAUGAUGUGGAUUCCUUGCAAAUGGCAAGACGUCUCAUCAAGGACGAGGGGCUGCUAUGUGGUAUGAUUUCACAUCCCUAUAGAUCAACAUUGAGUUCUAAUAAUAAAUAUAGGUAUAAGACAACAUUCGAUUCUAUACUAAGUAGCUAGAGUCCUUGUAUUGCGUAAAUCUAAAUAGUCGUGUCUUGUAG